AUGCAGAUAAAAUGGCAGACUGUAGUUUUCAUUUUUUGUCUUUACGGAUUGGACCCCGUCUUUUCUCAAGCUCGAAAUUCCAUCCCAGAGGAGACCCCAGAGGGUUCUUUUGUAGGAAACAUCGCCAAAGAUUUGGGAAUCGACAUAAGCAGACUUAUUUCCGGAAAAGCUCGGGUUUUGACAAAGGGCGGACACCAGUAUGUGAAGCUGAGCAAAGACAAAGGUGACCUGGUAGUGAAGGAGCGGAUAGACCGAGAGGAGCUAUGCAAGCAAACAACGCCCUGCAGCUUCAGCUUUGAUUUGAUCAUGGAAAACCCAAUAGAACUACAUCCAGUGACCAUUAUUAUUCAAGAUCAGAAUGACAAUGCUCCUCAGAUUCUCUUUCCAGUACAAACUGGUGGCUCUCCGAUGGCUGAGAUGGUUCCUCGUUCAGCAGAUAUUGGUUAUCUUGUGACUAAAGUGGUAGCUGUGGAUGUAGACUCUGGCCAAAAUGCUUGGCUAUCUUAUAAACUUCAGAAAGCAUCAGACAGGGCGCUGUUUGAAGUGGGAGCACAAAAUGGAGAAAUACGGACUGUGCGCCAGGUCACUGAUAAAGAUGCUGUGAAACAAAAACUGACUGUAAUUGUGGAGGAUAACGGACAGCCAUCUCGCUCAGCUGUAGUAAACGUCAACGUAGCUGUAGCGGACAGUUUCCCUGAAAUGCUCUCUGAAUUCACGGAUUUCACACACAUCAAAGAAUAUAACGAUGACCUGACGUUUUAUUUAGUUUUAGCAGUGGCUGCUGUUUCUUUUCUUUUUAUCACAACUGUAGUGGUUAUAACAUCAGUAAAGAUCUACAGGUGGAGACAAUCUCGCACCUUCUAUCGGUCCAAUCCCCCCGUUAUUCCGUACUAUCCGGGUUACGGAGAUACUGAAGUUACUAGAACUCUUCCUCACAUAUAUAAUUAUGAUGUUUGCAUGACAACUGACUCAAGAAAAGGUGACUGCAAGUACUCAACACUAGGUGCACAAAGUGUUUUAUUGGUGGAUCAAGAUCUUCAGCGAGAAAUGAAGACCAGUGAAUUUCUACAGGACCCAGAUUCAUUACAGUCGAAAUGGUGA